AUGCCUUCGGAACAAGGUCACCGCCUUUACGUUAAGGGUCGCCACCUGAGCUACCAGCGCGCCAAGCACACCACCAACCCCAACACCAGCUUGGUCAAGAUUGAGGGUGUCGAGGACUCCAAGGCCGCUCAGUUCUACCUUGGCAAGAAGGUCGCUUUCGUCUACCGGGCCAAGCGUGAGGUCCGUGGCUCCAACAUCCGGGUGAUCUGGGGCAAGGUUACCCGUCCUCACGGUAACUCCGGUGUUGUGCGCGCCAAGUUCCGCAACAACCUCCCCCCCCAAGACCUUCGGUGCCACCGUCCGCGUCAUGCUCUACCCCUCCAACAUCUAAACGGCAAAUCUGUAUCUAGUGGGCGAUUCCCUUUCUUAGCGCAGACGGUCGGUCGGGCAAGGAAAAGUCGACGGAACGAGCCGAUGUUGAUAUGA